AUGGCAAAGAAGGUUACUACAAUUGGAAUAGAUUUAGGUACAACUACUUCGUGUGUUGCUGGAUACUACAUGGGUGAGUUGAAGGUUAUCGACAAUAGGGAUGGAGAUCAUAUCACUCCUUCAGUUGUCUGCUUUGACAAGGACGGAGGCCAGCCAGUGGUUGGUUCAAAUGCCAUCCUUGCUGCAACAUCAGCACCAGAAAAUUUCGUCUAUGAAGUAAAAAGAAUGUUUGGAAAAGGAUUCCAUUCAGAUGAGGUUAUAAAUGCUAGGAAAUAUUGGCCUUUCCAUCUAAAAGAAAUUAAGACUACAGGUAAGGCUAUGGACAAGACUGCCACCGAUAAUAUUGGUAUUGCUGUUAAGGAAAAGGGAAAGGAGAGAGUUUAUGAACCAGUGCAGGUUUCUGCUUAUGUUCUGAAUUAUCUCUUUGAGUCUGCUAAACAGAGAUUAGGCACUUCACCUUCCUUUGUUGCUAUUACUGUUCCUGCUUACUUUAACGAGGGUGCUAAACAGCGUACUCUUGAUGCUGCCAAAAUUGCCUUUUCAGGAAAGUUGAUGAGAACAACAACCCUCUCGAUGUUAAGGUUGUACUUCUGGCUGAGCCAACUGCAGCUGCUAUAG